CCUUUCAAAACCAUCUUGCAUCUUCCACUAUCUUAAUUGCCUCUAGUUCUCUCACUUUAACUAUUUUCACAAACCAUAGAAAAAUAAUAAUUUUUUUUCAUUGUAACAUGUCUUCCUCAGAGGGUGUCUUUGAACAGGGAAUUGAGUUCUCAGAAGCCAACAAUGUUCUUCUCAUGUCUCUAAUGGAAGAAGAACAAGAAGAAGAGUACUAUGGCGAUGAUAGACUUGUGAGCAUGAUUCAAUCAUUGGAGGCAGAGAUCACUGACACUGAAAUGGGUCAAAUGUAUGAGAUGGGACACGUGGAUGAUCAAGAUCGCUCCGCGUCAGUCGGUGUCCCUGAUCAUUGGGUUGACUUGGAAUUGAUCUCUUCCUUGCCCUUUGAUGAGAUGAAUGCAUGGAUCCCUUAUGGAUAUGGGAUGAUGGAACAUGUAGAAAUGGAAUAUGAAGCUGGAAAUGGUGUUGAUGAUCUUCAAUUGUGUUUUGGAGCAUUCUUGGAUCAACAAUAUAGAGAAAAUCAUUAUUUGGCACAAGGACCAAGUGAUGCAGUGUUCUGAAUUAAUUUAUAUACGUAGUAUUGUAUAAGGAAACAGAAGAGAACAUUGAUUACUUUGUAAUUAAUUUGUGAAGGGCUCCUUAAGUACAUAUUAAUGCCAAACCUUUUUAUUUUAUCUUUUGUUUA